GCUCGGCUCUAGUAUGUUGUCCAGCUCUGCAGACACGACUCUGUGAAAGAACCAGCACUGGAACAACAUUUAAAAAGAACUUGGGUAAAACUACCAAGCUUUUAUUUACAGCCAGGAACCGACAGAGAAGAGCAGCGUCCCUAGAGGAGCAUUGUAGCCACUUCCCGCUGGUUCUCUGGAGAUGUGUCGCCUGGAGGACUGUUAGCGGACAGCGCUGCUCACUGAAGCCGGGAUGAGUGGGAGCUCCGCGGUGUCCGGCGCGGCCCCCUGCCGCUUCGCUCAUUACUUUGUUAUUUGUGGGAUAGACACAGAAACUGGACUGGAACCGGACGAACUAGCAGCUUUGUACCAAUGGCUAGAAGCAGACCGCCAAGGCAGGGAUCCAGAUACUGCAGCCACAGGUGAAAACUUUGAGCAGAGCCCACUGAAGAGGACGUUCAAGUCCAAAGUUCUGGCCCGCUACCCUGAGAACGUGGAGUGGAACCCCUUUGACCAGGAUGCUGUCAACAUGCUGUGCAUGCCUAAAGGCCUGUCGUUCAGGACGCAGGCGGACCGGAGGGAUCCUCAGUUCCACUCCUUCAUCAUCACAAAGGAGGAUGGCUCUCGGACCUACGGCUUCGUCCACACCUUCUACGAGGAGGUGACAAGCCCACAGAUCUGCUCUGCCAUGCAGACCCUCUACCAGAUGCACAAUGCAGAGAGCGCCACCGCCAGCACCCCUUCCUCCUCCUCCUCUUCCUCCUCCUCCAGCAUGGACUCCCUGGCCAGCAGUUUAGACGAGGCCGACUCCCCCACCUCCUCGUCCUCCUCGUCUCGUAGGGCGGGCGGCUACGACUCAUCGCGGGACACCCUCUACGUGUCCAAGGCCUUGUGUCUGAUCACACCCAUGCCCUUCAUGCACGCCUGCCGACGCUUCCUGUCUCAGCUGCACAGGGCGGUUACUGCAGGCUCCGCCCCCCCGCUGCCCCUGGAGAGCUACGUUCACAACAUCCUGUACGAGGUGCCGCUGCCCGCUCCAGGGCGCUCGCUCAAGUUCCACGGUGUAUACGAGCCCAUUGUGUGCCAGAGGCCCGGGCUGGGGGAGCUGCAGCUGGCUGACUUCCCCCUGGCAGAGGCCUUCAAUCUGCUGGGAGUGGAGAACCUGGUCCAGGUGUUCACCUGUACCCUGCUGGAGAUGCAGAUCCUCCUCUACUCACAUGACUACCAGCGGCUGAUGACGGUGGCAGAGAGCAUCACCACGCUGCUCUUUCCCUUCCAGUGGCAGCACGUCUACGUCCCCAUCCUGCCAGCUUCUCUCCUCCACUUCCUGGACGCUCCUGUCCCCUACCUGAUGGGCCUGCAGUCCAAAGAGGGCACAGACCGCUCCAAACUGGAGCUUCCUCAGGAGGCCAACCUGUGUUUUGUGGACAUCGACAACCACUACAUCGAGCUUCCAGAGGACUUUCCCCAGUUCCCCAAUAAGACGGAGUUCAUCAAGGAGCUCAGCGAGGUGCUGCUUAGCUAUGGCCUUUCUGCCAACACAGGGGCCCCACCACGGACCCGCUCCAGUCCUGGCAGCGCCCCUGGAAGCACCCCCUCCACCCCCGGUAGGGAGCGGAAGACCGUGGCUCUCCGGCAGCUGGAGGACGACGGCCGUAACGGCAACCUAGCAGGAGAGGAGCUGGCCGUGCUGGAGCUGCUGCAGGGAAACGCCACUCUGGAGAGACUGCAGGCGCUGACCAAACGCACCGGGGUGACGGUAGCCCGCGUGGACGCCCUGAGGGCUGGAGUCAAAGCUCAGGCCACUGAGGGGCAAGGGGGCCGGACAGCAGCUGAAGAGGAGGAGCUGAGGAGUGCCAAGUUGAACGUCCAGCUGAGGGAGGUGUUCGCAAGCCGCUUCACCACCAUGUUUGCUGACUACGAAGCGUUUGUCAUUCAGAGCGCCCCAGACCUGGAGUCCUGGCUCACCAACCGGGAGCAGAUGCACAACUUCGACAAGGCCUCCUUCCUGUCCGACCAGCCGGAGCCCUACCUGCCCUUCCUCUCCCACUUCAUUGAGACGCAGAUGUUUGCAACCUUUAUCGACAACAAGAUCAUGUCCCAGUGGGAGGAGAAGGAGCCACUGCUCCGCGUCUUUGACUCUCGCAUCGACAAGGCCCGUCUCUACAACGUCCGUGCUCCCAGCCUGCGCUCCUCCAGCUACCAGAGGUGCUCCAUCCUCAAGGAGUCUGCUCAGGCCAUUGAGCAGCGGCUAAUGAAGAUCGACCACACCGCCAUCCACCCACACCUGCUGGACAUGAAGAUUGGUCAGGGCAAAUACGAGCAGGGAUUCUUCCCCAAACUCCAGGCUGACGUGCUCAACACAGGGCCCACAAAUAACAAGUGGUCUCACAGGACAGCGACAGCUCAGCGAAGGAAAGACCGCCACAGACAGCAGACAGAGCACCUGGGCCUGGACAACGACCUGAAGGAGAAAUACAUGCAGGAGGCCCGCAGCCUGGGGAAGAACCUCCGACAGCCCAAACUGUCUGACCUGUCCCCCGCUGUCAUCGCUCAGACCAACUGGAAGUUUGUGGAGGGGCUGCUCAAAGAGUGUCGCAUGAAGACCAAGCGUAUGCUGGUGGAGAAGAUGGGCCGGGAGGCGGUGGAGCUGGGCCACGGUGAGGCCAACAUCACCGGGCUGGAGGAGAACACUCUGAUCGCCAGCCUGUGUGACCUGCUGGAGAGGAUCUGGAGCCACGGGCUGCAGGUCAAACAGGGCAAGUCGGCCCUGUGGUCCCACCUGCUGCACUAUCAGGCCCGAGAGGAGAAGCUGGAGCAGCAGAAGGCAGAGUCACCAGUGUCAAAUGUUCCUGAGAGGAGGAAGUCUGACUGUUCCAUCGCGAUGCCAUCUCUACGUGUGUCUCUCAUACAGGAUAUGAGGCACAUCCAGAGCAUGUCUGAGAUAAAGACAGAUGUGGGACGAGCCAGAGCCUGGAUCCGUCUGUCCCUGGAGAAGAAGCUGCUCUCUCAGCACCUCAAACAGCUGCUGUCCCGACAAGCCUUAACCAAGAAGCUGUACAAGCGUUACGCCUUCCUGCGCUGUGAAGAGGAGAAGGAGCAGUUCCUCUUCCACCUGCUCUCUCUCAACGCUGUUGACUACUUCUGCUUCACCAGCGUCUUCACCACCAUCAUGAUCCCAUAUCGAGUGGUCAUCAUCCCGAUCAAGAAGCUGAGCAACACCAUGACCACCUCUAACCCUUGGGUGUGUGUGUCAGGAGAGCUGGGAGACUCAGGCAUCAUGCAGAUCCCCAAGAACGUCCUGGAGAUGACUUUUGAUUCUGCUUUCAGGCCUCACACGCACAUCUCCGCCUUGUUCAAGUGUCAGAACCUGGGGAAGCUGACCACGGUGCAGCUGGGUCAUGAUAACGCCGGCCUGCUGGCUAAAUGGCUGGUGGACUGUGUCAUGGUGCGCAAUGAGAUCACAGGACACACAUACAGGUUCCCAUGUGGUCGCUGGCUGGGUAAGGGUGUGGAUGACGGCAGCCUGGAGAGGGUCCUGAUUGGUGAGCUGGUAGUGCCCAGCGGAGAGGAGGAUUCUGGGAGAGGCUGCGGGACACCACCGAUGCAGCGCUCACCAUCCCAGACCAGACGCAUCAGCAUCACAUCACUGCGAGGAUACAAACCGACUUCAGCCCAGAUCCAAGAGGCCAUCGGGGAGGCUGUGAACAACAUCGUCAAACACUUCCACAAGCCAGAGAAAGAGAGAGGCAGCCUGACCGUCCUGCUGUGUGGAGAGAACAGCUUGGUGGCAGCUCUGGAACAGUUCUUCCAUCACGGCUUCAAGUCAGCCCGGCUCUUCCAGAAGACUGUGUUUGUGUGGGACUUUGUGGAGAAGGCUGUUGCCUACAUGGAGUCAGCUGAUCAGAUGGGAGACCUUCAAGAGACUGCCGAGCCGCUGGGGAUGACCUGUCAAUCACUCUGUCACUACGUCAACGCCAUCAACUCCACCCCCAGGAACAUUGGCAAGGAUGGCAAGUUCCAGCUGCUGGUCUGCCUCGGAGCCAGAGACCGCCUGCUGCCCCAGUGGCUCCCCCUGCUGGUGGAGUGUCCCGUGAUCCUGCGGAUGUAUGAGGACACGGCCCUGCUCAGAGACCGCACCACUGUCAACGCCCUCAUCGGAGUCUUGGAGACGCUCCACGACUUUCCCGUCACACUGGAAGCCUCACUAGUCAAAGGCAUCGACCUUUAGCCCCAGGAGAGAGCGGCGGGCUCCACAUCUCCCUCUGAAACCUCCCUUAAGUACCACCAACCUCACCCACCCUUCCACUUUUAGCCUGUUGGCUCUGGGAUUAAACACAUGACCAGGGAAGGAGAAAGUGAGGGACAAGAUAUGAAAACUGAAGAAAAGUUUGGUUACCAAAGCAAAAAGUUCCACUGCUUCACGUGAGAAGUCGGGGCUUUGGAUCAGUAUUAUUACCCACCUGGUGGCUCUGAAAGGCUCUUUUUAAUGAAAUUACAACUAGUGCUUAAUCAUGUUUUAUUUUAUGAACUACAAAACCCAAGUUCACAAUACUGUGUGCAAUUUUCCAGAGCAUACUAUUUGGUUUUUUGGUUGAUUACUCUUGAAGCAGCCAUUGGUUACACUACAACUUAAGCUUGCUUCAAUCCUUCAUAGUAUUUUAUAUUUUUCUUAUUUCCAACAAAUUUCAUGGACGACCCAAUCCAAAAAUGUGUACUUUCUGGAUCUCAGCUCAGAGUAAAUCUUUAAAAACAGCUCCCAAAUAUAUAGUUUUAUUUUUAUAUAGCUCAGUAAUUUCUAAAACAGGUGGUUGCUGUAGUUUUUAACAGAUUUCACUCAUACAAGAAGAAAUAGUGCAUUUAAUGAGAACUAUUUUCAGCAGUGGAUUAAUCCACAUUUUGUGCUCAAGUGGUGUAUGUAGGAUUGAGUCCAAACAAAACCCAGUGUGUGUUCAUGGUAAUGUGUGGCUCACUGAUGUGAGACGAUGUAACCACGUCUGUCUUCGUCCUCUCUGGCACAAGUGAUAUUAAAAGACAGGAGGGCAGAGGCUAGCUGGUUAGCAUGCUAAUUUCAGUAGAAUCGUCUGCAACACAAUACAAAGACGCCUUUGACGUAACAUUUAAAUUAUUGUAAUGUUAGUUCAUUUUUAGAAUGUUUCAAACUAAAAGUCUGUCUGUAUCUUUGCACCUUUAAAAUACACCAACAUGUAAUGCUAAUGUAUUUUACAAAAAUAACAGCAAGCUAACAUUUCUGCAGGUAGGUUUUCAUAGAUUAAUGAAAUUAACUGGAACAAUGGCUGCUUGGGGGGGAAGAAAAUCAAACAAAAAAAUUAAAAGUAUGCUUUGGAAAAUCGCUGACAGUAAUUAACUCUGAUAUAUGCAGUGAAAAAUUUGUGUUUCAUUAAAAUGUUAUUAGCAGACGUUUGCCUGUGUCCUAGCUGUGUAGCCUAGCCGCCUUCAGUAGGUACAACUAGACAAACUGUGAUAGACUCUCCUCGCCUGCAGCCGGCCAUUACAGCGCCACCAUCCCCACACCCUAGUUAGUGUUAGCAUUAGCAUUAGCCAGCAUGCCUGUGGGAUGUGAAAAGUAUUUAGAACCUCACAAGAGACUGGGUGAUCACUGACACACUGGAAUCAGGACGUUCUGAUGUGUUACCUGCUUCCUGCAUCUCUUACUAUAAAUCUGCUGGACUUGUUGGGCAUUUUCUCUGCUGGUAGCCUGCAGAGGAACACAAACUGAUCUCAGUGAUGGUUCAGAGUCAGGAGCUGAACCUGUGGCUGCAUGGACAUUCCUACCCCACUACAGCCACCAACCUGGCUGUUUUAAAUGCUGCGUGCGUGCGUGCGUGCGUGCGUGCGUGCGUGCGUGCGUGCGUGCGUUCGUGCGUUUGUGUGUUUGUGUCAUAUUUCAAGGAUGUACAUGCAUGUGUGUUUGCCCCGGAUUUAUUUUUAUAUCUUCCAACUAAUGUUUUAAGGUGAUCAAUUGGUUUCUGUAGUGUGUGUGUCCUCACCGGGCCAGAUAAACGAGAGUGUGUGUGUGUGUGUGUGUGUGUGUGUGUGUGUGUGUGUGUGUGUGUGUGUGUGUGUGUGUGUGUGUGUGUGUGUGUUUUGUGCACACUGCACACAGUUUGCCAAUAUCAUCACUUCAGUAACAACUAAAAGUUCACCUACUAGCUUUCUUUCUUUUGGAGCUCUCAGUCACAUUGUGUGUGCUCUGCUGUCAUUGCAGGACUAAAUGAGGUUAACUUUUUGGUUGAAACAUCUGCCAAAAGAUAGUAAGUGAACCUUGAGCUCAUAUUAAUUAGUCAAACUACCAUUCCCAAGGUCAAGAACAAACUUUUACGCUAGCAAGAAAAAUGUUCCUUUUUGUAAAAAUGCUACUUUUAGAGAGUGAAUCAGUUAGUUGCAGUUUGGUGGAAGACGUUCCACAGAUAUUACUUCAGUAUUGAAUAUGUCAUGUGUGACAGCAGGUGGAAGUAUUUUUCCAAUCUUGGACAAUAAAGAAAAGCUUAAAUUUUAAAAGAUCAGGAGGAGGAACAGUGUGCCUUGCGCUGAAAAGGUGUGGAUAUUUUAACUUUAUUUCCACGGUGUUUCUCUAGAGGUUUUAAGACGCACAUUAAAGAGUCUACAGUAGGAAAAAAAUGUUUCGCUACUGGCGCCUUGGUGUGAUCGUCAGCUUAGACUUUUUUAUUGUCAACAAAUGUUGUGAUUGUUGCACUUGCCUCAAUACUCUGUUGUAAAAAAUUAACAUCUAAAAAAACUAAAUUUUAUCAAACAGCUGGUCUUAAAAAAAGUUACUCAAACUGUUGGGACUAUUUUCAGUGGUGGAUUAAUACACAGUUGGUUCACAAGUGGGCAAGAACUUCACAAGGGCAUGUUUCAGUCAUUUUGUUUGGCACAUGGGCAUUUAUUGUUGGUUAGGGUAUUUUCGUGGCAUUUGUUGACAAUAUUAAAAAUCUAGAAUAUUAGCCUAAACCUUUGAUGGCGUUUUAGUAUAAAAUGGGUUCAUUUGGUAUCAGUGUGUGAUGUUACAAGCUAGCUAUUAAAACUUGUAAGUCCCAUACGACAUGUCAGAUAUAACCGAAGGAACUGGACCUUAUGUUUCAUUUUAAAGAAUCAAAUUCAACCCCCACCUCCUCCACACACAAACUUUUUUUUUCUCUACUUUAGCAGCGGCCAACAGAGAUGAGUGGAAACUCUAGUAACUUUUUUUCAAAUGGAUUGGUGUUUCCCUGUUAAACCUUUGCUGCAUGACAGAUUGUGUCAAUGAAUCCUUUCUGAGAAAUGGUGUAAAUAUUCUCAUUAGUGCAUGUUGGCAUUUAGAUGUUGAUUGAGCUGUAUUUAUGGUAACCCUCAUCUAAUGAAUACUAGAUGAAAAGUGAGUUUCUAGGGACAGUGGGACACUUCCCUGUAGCAUUUGGCUCUCUUCAGUAUUGAGUGUGAAGGCCUCGCAGCCUGUCACGCUUUGUUUUGAAUGUCUUGAUUUCAUGUAUUUAUUAAUUUAAUAUUAAUCCGUAGCAGGCUGGUGCAGCACUAGUAUUUUAAGGUUGAUGAAGCCUGUUGGAUAACUGGAAACAUUCAUGUCUUUAAAGCAGUAACCACUAUUUCCACUUGAUGCGUUUGUAUCCUGUUUUAACCCUGUGUUCUCCUGCUACUGUGCCCCUGAUGCCUCACACACAGGACCAUCAGCUCCAAAGCACAAUAACAGAUUUCUCUGUCUCGUCCUGGAUUAGUUUGCGGACAAACUCUGCUGACGGCUACAGGGCACGUCUGGAAGAAUAAACUGUUAAUGGACGAUUGAGAUUCUUCCUCAGACGACUGCACACUCAACAGGAAAUGCUACUGACAGCCAUGACAGCAGCGACUUCACGUUCUUGGCAAACGCCACCGGACAAAUAGUUUAAUGUCUGUGUUAAACUGACUUCUUUGUUCUGAUAUUUAUUAUGCCUAUUUCAAUAAAAACACCCAGUGUGUUAAA